AUGGAUUCCACCUCCUAUAAGCUCUAUCAUGUACAUGGUUGGGAUUCUAGACAACACCUGGAAGAUUAUUUUUCGGACAAACCUAAUAUGGUCUUUGAAGAAGAUGCGUUAAAAUUUCCAAUGGAAAAUCUUACAAAAACUUUCAGUGAGGGUCAUAUAAGAGGAGAUAUCCUGAUUGACCUUACUGUUGGUUCCUUGGUUCAUCAUUUCUAUGCUGCCUGUGAGUUUUUCCAGCAUAUCAUAGUCCUAAAGGUUAGCGACAGAUGCAUCAUGGAGCUGAAGAGAUGGCUGGACACACGGACAGGAGCAUUUCAUUGGGGACAUGCCACAAAACUUCAUGGAGAGAUACAAGGGAGCAGUGACCAGUUUCAGAACAAAGAAGAAAAAAUGAGAUCGGCAAUUCCACAUGUUGUGAAAUUUAAUAUUGAGAAAGAAAAUAUGACGGAUCCGAUAGUCUUACCACCAGCAGAUUGUAUCAUCAGCGCUUGGCUCCUGGAUGUUAUCUGCAAAGAUGAAAAUGAUUACAGGAGAUAUCUCAGGAAGUUCUCAGGGUUACUGAAACCUGGAGGACAGCUGAUGAUAAUUGGGCUUUUAGAUACAACAUAUAUCACAGUUGGGAAAGAUAAGAUCCAUGUUCUCAAAUAUAAUGAGGAUUUUGUUAGGAAAGCUCUAGUCGGAGAAGGAUUUGUUAUAGAUAACUGUGUCGUUCAGAAGAGAACAAAUGUGAGUGACCUUAUUGACUAUAAGGCCAUCAUGUUUAUUGCAGCUCACAAGGAGAAGUAG